AUUCAUGGCAUAAGUUUUGUCCGAGGGAGAAAUAGACAGUACAGGGAGUAAGUGUACAAAGUGCUCCCAUAGGGGCCUCUCAGUGACCUUCUCUCAGUCUCUCCCGCCGAUAGAAAGCCCAGUUCUGGGAAUCCCAACCCUGAGUCUUUGUCUCUCUCUCACUCAUCAAAUGGUGCUGUCCAACAAGAAGCUGAAGCAGAAGCUCAGAGCUGCUCUUGCAGUAUCAGCAGGCAAAGUUGCUGUUGCGGAGUCAGCAGGCAAAGCUGCUCUCCAUCAUCCUCAACUUAAACCAAAUGCCGAAAAUGAGACUAAGUUCGAGUCUGGAUCAUUCAUGGAGCUUCUUGGGUCUGUUUCUAAAAGACCCACUUCGUCAAAGAGAGGAAAGAGGAGAGAGAAAGCGGCUUCUCAUCGCUCCGCACCUGUAGAAAGCAUGGAGGAGGCCCAACAAGUUGGGAAAGAGGAGCAUUCUUUUUCUCUUGUGGUGAACUCUGAGAAGAUGAGUAAAAAGAAGAGAAAGAGAAAUGGAGAUGGAAGUGUUGAUAAUGGGGCUGCUAUUCUAGAAGACAAAUCAAAAUCAGAGGAGGAAGAGAAGAACCCCACGAAUAACAUGAAGAAGAAAAAGAAUAAGAAGGAGAAGAGGAAGAAGAUGAAGAAGAAGAACGAGUUGGCUAACCCUAGUGCGGCAGAAGAAGCAAAGGAUCAGACUCUCACAGACACCAAGAGUCAGGAAAAUUUUGGUUAUGAGAGGAAGGUGUAUGUGGGGGGAAUUCCCUACUAUUCGAGUGAGGAUGAUAUAAGGAGCUUUUUUGAGGGGUGUGGCACCAUAACCGAGGUAGACUGUAUGUCGUUUCCUGAGAGCGGGAAGUUUCGUGGAAUCGUUAUAAUUACUUUCAAGACAGAAGCUGCAGCUAAAAGGGCUCUAGAUCUCGAUGGUGCUGAUAUGGGAGGACUAUUUCUCAAGGUACAGCCUUAUCGUGCUUCUCGAGCUGAGAAAGUGCAAGAUUUUGUACCAGCAAGAGUGGAUGGCUACAACAGAAUAUAUGCUGGAAAUUUGUCGUGGGACAUAACAGAGCAGGAUCUAAGAGCCCUCUUCUCUGACUGCAAAAUAUGGGAGCUUCGAUUUGGUAUGGACAAAGAGAGUGGCGAGUUUCGUGGCUAUGCCCAUGUUGAUUUUGAGGACAAUGUCUCUUUAGAAGUAGCCUUGACUUUAGAUCAAACUGUCGUGUGCGGUCGACCCAUUAAGAUAAGAUGUGCAGUGCCAAAGAAAGGAGGGUCUUCAAACCCAGAGAAAAGAAGUGAGAAGAAAGAAAGUGAGCCAAGCUUACGGAAAGCCAGUAAGAAGAGGCGCACAUGUUAUGAGUGUGGGACUGCAGGUCAUCUCUCAUCUUCUUGUCCUAAGAAGAUGGUUGUUGAGUCUAAUAUCUCCGUGUGAUUUAUGGAUAUGAAGCUUUGGUGCAGCUCUAUGAGGUAGAUUUGCUAUUUUUUUUUUCCUUUUUGUUUUCUUUUUUAACUUUUUCAGAAAUUUUGCUGUAUUGUUUGUCCAUUCUUUUUCUUUCCUUUUAUUAAGCAGUUGGUGCUGAUGUAUGAGUUGCAGAGAUGAGAGAAAAACUAUAAAAGAAAUGAAAUGAAAAUUGUAGGAA